AUGGUCAAGUCAUAUCUCAAAUACGAGCACGCCAAAUCCUUCGGUGUCGUCGCCUCGGCCACCUCGAACCUUGUCUGGCAAUCCAAGGAGCGCAAUGGAGCUGGCUCAGGACAAGCCGUCGUUGCAGCCAACGAAGAAGUUCUAUGCUGGGAUAUAAAAAAAGGCGAACUCCUUAGCCGAUGGAGAGAUGAUCGAUGCAAGGCCCCGGUUACAGCCAUUGCGCAGAGCAAGGCGGACCCGGAUUUCUUCGCCGUCGGGUACGAAGAUGGCAGCAUUCGCCUGUGGGAUAGCAAGAUUGCCACUGUUCUCGUCAAUUUCAACGGACACAAGUCUGCCGUAACUGUUCUCGCCUUUGACAAGGCUGGAGUGCGUCUAGCCUCAGGCUCAAAGGACACCGACAUUAUCGUCUGGGACUUGGUCGCCGAGGUUGGCCAGUACAAGCUGCGUGGUCACAAGGACCAGGUGACCGGCCUGUCGUUUGUGGAACCCGAACCCAGGGUUGACGGCGAGGAUGGUGAGCAGGCAGUGGUGGGUGGUGAGGUGAUCAACGACGGCUUCCUUCUCACGACGGGCAAGGAUUCGCUGCUCAAGCUCUGGGAUCUUUCCUCAAAACAUUGCAUCGAGACACACAUAUCACAGACCAAUGGCGAAUGCUGGGCUCUUGGCGUGACCCCCGACCUAGGCGGCUGCAUCACCGCAGGAAACGACGGAGAAAUGAAGGUGUGGGCUCUGGAUGCCGACCGGCUUGCAUCGAGCACGCAUCAGGUCGAGGUUGCUACCAGGCACUUCCUCGUGGGCCGAGGAACACUACACCGUCAAGGAAAAGAUCGUGCGACAGAGGUUAUUUUCCAUCCCCGUCGCGACUACUUUCUCGUUCACGGACCUGAAAAGGCCGUGGAGAUAUGGAGAAUCAAGACGGACACAGAAAUCAAGAAGACCUUGGCACGCAAGAGGAGACGCAGACGUGAGAAGCAAAAGCAGGAGAAGCAACAGGACGUCGAGAUGGCCGAGGAAGAUGACGUUGACGAUAUAUCCAAGGCGGAUAUCAGCGAUACCAUGGCGCUCUACGUGACAGUGCGCACAGGCGGGAAGGCUCGUUCCGCCGCCUGGGCGCAGCUGGGUGGCCACAAGGAUCUGCACCUUGUCGUCGGUACCACCAACAACCAGGUGGAAUACUACAACGUGCCAACAAAAGAGAAGAUCGACCGCAAAAGCAAGGAAGACGUGCCUGAUUACAGCAGGGCACUCUCGGUGGAGAUUCCUGGUCACCGAACAGACAUCAGGGCCAUGUCACUGAGCUCUGACGACAGGAUGCUUGCGUCGGCUUCUAACGGCACGCUCAAGAUCUGGAACAUCAAGACUCAAAACUGCAUCAGAACGUUUGACUGCGGAUAUUCGCUCUGCUGUGCAUUCCUUCCGGGCGACAAAGUGGUCGUGGUUGGCACUAAGAGCGGAGAGCUGCAGCUCUUUGAUGUUGCGUCGGCUACUCUUCUUGAUAAUAUCGAGGCUCACGAGGGCGCUAUCUGGUCUCUAGGUAUCCACCCUGAUGGCCGCUCAAUGGUUUCAGGAAGUGCCGACAAAACUGCAAAGUUCUGGAAUUUCAAGGUUGUGCAGGAAGAGGUUCUGGGAACUAAGAGGACGACACCCAAGCUGAAGCUCGUGCAGUCGAAAAUCCUUAAAGUUUCCGACGACAUUUUAAGUCUCAGGUUCUCGCCAGACUCCAGGCUCCUUGCCGUGGCACUCCUGGACAACACUGUCAAGGUUUUCUUUGUCGAUACCCUCAAACUCUUCCUCAACCUGUACGGGCACAAGCUGCCAGUGCUGAGCAUGGACAUAUCGUUUGACAGCAAACUGAUUGUGACGAGCUCGGCUGACAAGAACAUCAGAAUCUGGGGUCUCGACUUCGGAGAUUGCCACAAGGCUCUGUUCGGUCACCAGGACAGUAUCCUGCAGGUUGGCUUUGUGCCGCACAACUCUGAGGGCAAUGGUCACCACUUUUUCAGCAGCAGUAAGGAUCGCACCAUCCGCUACUGGGACGCAGAUAAGUUCGAACAGAUCCAGAGGCUCGACGGGCACCACGGUGAGGUAUGGUCCAUCGUCAUCAGUCGCAUCGGCAACUUCUUGGUCAGUGCGGGCCACGACAGGAGCAUCCGCGUAUGGGAGGAGAGCGACGAGCAAAUAUUCCUCGAGGAAGAACGGGAAAAGGAGAUCGAGGAGCUGUAUGAGAGCACAUUGACGACGUCUCUUGAGAAGGAUGAUGGAGCUGGCGACGACAAUGAAGAGAUUGGUGCUGCGGGCAAACAGACGACGGAGACGCUCAUGGCGGGCGAGCGCAUAACCGAAGCGCUGGAGCUGGGCAUGUCGGAUCUGGCCUUGAUGAAGGAGUACAAGGAGGCCAAGGCCACUAUGACCAAUGCCCCUUAUCCGCAGAGGAACCCCGUGUUCCUGGCGCUCGGCAACAUCAGCGCCGAGGAGCACGUCCUCUCAGUCCUGCAACGCAUCAAGGCGUCAUCCCUGCACGACGCCCUCCUCGUCCUACCUUUCGCCACGGUACCCAUGCUCUUCACAUUCCUCAACAUCUUCGCCAUGCGUUCCAUGAACAUGCCCCUCACCUGCCGUAUCCUGUUCUUCAUGCUCAAGACCCACCAUAGGCAAAUUGUGGCCAGCCGCACCAUGAAGGCCAUGCUCGACGGCAUCAGGCUCAACCUCCGUGCCGCCCUCAAGCGCCAGAAGGACGAGAUGGGUGUCAACAUAGCAGCUCUCAAGGUUGUCGGCUCGCAGAUUAAGGACAACAACGUCAAGGAUUAUGUAGAUGAGAACUGGGAGGAGCAGAAUGUCGACAAGAUCACCAAGAAGCGUGCCUUUGUCCAUGUUGCUUAA